CCACGUGUACAUGUUGACUGAGGUCUGGUGAUGUGCGUCACAGCAGCCUUAUAAAGAGGAACACACUUCGGUGCCUAGAGACACUCGAGUUUUUUCUUCUCUCAGACGGAAUACAGAGUCACCGCAAAGAUGAGGCUGUACCUUGCAGUUGCCGUGCUGAUGCUGGCUUUGGUCGCAUACACAGAGGCUCAGGAUGACACCGUCGAGCAGAAGUUCGCAAAGUUUGGUGAACAGAUGACUGAGUUGGGCCAGAAUCUGGCUGAUAAGACCCAGACCGCCUUCCAGGGUAUCCACGAAAGCGAAUUUGCAACCACCACAAGGGACUGGUUCGCUAAGCAGAUGGAAAAGUUAAAGGCCAAGCUGGGGGAAAUCACUCAAUAGACUCCUUACGACACCCACCAUCCUCAACCACCCACGCCCACCAAUAACAUCUGACCUCCACGGAACGUGUCGAUGUGUCGCGCAUCUCUGCUGACCUGGCGACAUGGUUACAUCGCAACUCAAUAGAGAUGUUUUUGUCUUCAAUUGACUGUACUAAUCUUAAUGAUCUGAAAGAGUGCACUAAAGACAUCAAAGAAUAAACAUGUUUUUAUAUAAA